GUAAACAGUAGCUACAUAGAAGUAUUCAACCGAUCUUCCGUAAACAUGAUAAGAAUAUUAAUCAGUUAUAACCACGAUGCAAAUUAUGACCCAUAUGUAUGGCAAAUAUAUAAUGUCACUAGCAGUAGUUACACCGUGAUACCUGAUGAAUACCUGAUGGAACACAUUUGUGGCCCUGUGAUGCUUGACGUGUUUAUGGAACCUGGCAAAACGCAGCAUCCGAUGCUCACUGUUUACGACGAUAUGUCGUUGACCUUAGCACGUCAUGCUUACAGGUUCCAACACCCAUAUCACAUCAAAGCAUUAAAUGGAAACAUUACAGUCUACGACAAACUAAGGUUCAAAGUGGGCAGUCUACAAUUCAGCCAGUUGAGGAACCUAAUAUUGGGAGUGAAAGCAAAGCUAUAUAUGAAUUGUGAAGCAAUCACAGUCCUAGGAACAGAUACACUAUAUGGAAUACAGUGCCAUAACAACAUGAACAUAAAUAUAAACCUGCAAUCAGUGUCUCUCAUAGGACAGUCGGAUGGUAACUACGCCCAAGGUGCCACUGAACAAUAUAACCGAGCCAGUAUUGAGGGAACCGAACAUGGCAACCCAGGUACCGACCUAGCGACGGACUCUAUUGUGGUAUUUGUACCAACGAAUACAACAGAACCCCCGCCAAUGCAAAGGUAUAUGAGAUAUGACAGAGAGACGAACACUGUCAGGUAUAGCAUGGAUGUAAUCAAGGCUAUGUUCCCAACGCGUGAUCCCGAGGAGUCACAAACGAUGGUAGACGUCAGCCUCAAAGCAGUGAGAGCAUAUAUACAAGACGACGAUACCAUUCACAUCAUAGAAGGGCAACAAGAGCAUGGGACGACGGGUGAAGCAUGGAUACAGAAGGGGGCAUUGGGGGAUACUGAUAAUAAUCAUUUAAGUUAUGCAAAUUUAGCGUUUUGUAAUUUCACACAACUUGUUACUCAUGAUCCGUUACGUACUGUGGCACCAUGUGGUGACAUUGAGGAUUCAUUGUUGGAUACGAAGACAAUGCCAUUAUUACAUAGGUUUGAUACAGAAAAUGAGAGUUAUAAUGUGAAUGAUAUGAAUGGUCAAGUGGCUGCCUUAUGUUCUAUUGAUAUGCAAAAUACACCUAAUCUGGGUCUUUUUGAUGGAUUGGACACUGAAGAAAACGAUGCUCAUUACCUUUCAAACUCAAAUAAUUCAUAUAAAAGCAGCAAUGACGAACUGACAUAUUCCUUUGAUGACGAUUUGUAUGCAGAGAUAGAACGGUUUAUAGAAUCCCAAUAUGAUUCACUUGCAGGGUGUUCGCAGAACGAGAUGAACCCUGACAUGCCUGGGUUGAAUUCCACUACAGAAAAUAUUUGCGCCGAUAUUUACCCGAGUGAAGACAGGUCGUUUGAAAAAUCCAGUGCACCCGGACCGAAUACUGGUGGGAACAUUGACGAAUUGCGCAACUGGGCUACCCCCGAUGCCAUUUCGCUGUCUGAUGGGCAUGCAUCAUCACCGUCACAAACUAACAACAAUGGAUCAUCAACGGUAGAUGAUGCAGAUGUUAUAAUAGGUGAAGUGUCCAGCAGCACAUCGGUCGUGACCGGAAGAACUGAAGUGCACGAUGUGAUGAAUAGUGAUAAUGUAAAUGAUGGAGACGAUUGUUAUAUUGUGAAUGUUAUCUCGAGCAAUGAUGGACCUUCAACUGGUAAUGUAGCUUUUACAAAAUUAGGUGAUAGUGGUAAUGACGUAGCACAACGUAACAGAAUGCGGUUUGAAUCUAAUCCCACAAAAAUUCCCAAUAAAACAACACCAGUAGUACGUGUUAAUGAUCAACUAAUUAAAGUUAAGCCGUCUAAAGACUGCCCUUUAGUAAUUUUGGUUUCAUCUAAUGUUGGAUUUCCAAGGAACCUUAAUUUAAUCCCAGUAGAAACACGUACGUUUAAAUCAAUGUAUGGCCAUUAUACUAAACUUUCAAUACCAAGGCGUCUCAUAACAAAGUAUAGAAUAGCGGGAGCAAUAGACAUCCGAGAUAAAACUGGAAGUGUCUUUACCGAUGUGGGUGAUGCAUUGCUUUCCGAGGUUGAAUAUUUCGUAGAGGCAAUUAAAGGACACAAUUACGUAGUGGUGCAUACUGUUUUCAUAGGUUCAGAUAUCCCAUCGAUUGUCAUGAAACUAUACACUGCCGUGAUAGAAAACAACGUUCCGACAUACACGCUUGUUGAAAAUCCUGCACCAGAAAUUUUACUUCUUUUAAAAACUCUUAGAAACCAAUAAAACGACAUUCAUAUUUUCACACUAUUCAUGAAUUUUUUGUACAAAUGUCUAUAUGCAUAUUGUCUUCUUAUAUUGUUACAAUGGUAGAAGGAUACUACAAGGUGUAAUGUUAACUAUCGUGAGG